GUGAAUCGCGCGACUCAACAUCAGACGUGGCAUCGUGUGACGUCAUCAGUGCGCGGCAGCGUCCCUCUGUUUUCUCUCUUGGUCCGCUCGGAUUGAACGUCUAAACUUACUCUGAUCUCGAGAGAAUCACGUCUGGCAGGAUAGAGUGAAGAUGAUGGAAGAGAGUGGAAUAGAGAGCACACCCCCUGCCACCCCCCCACCACCCCCCACAGCAACCAUCAGCCCCCCUCCUCCCACCGCAGGGAUUUCUGGCCCUCUGAUGCACCCAAGUCCCGCUGGCGUCUCAAGUUUUGCCCCAGGAGCAUUUUCCAGCCCUCUUCCACCUGCGGCCCUGACCUCCACCCUGCCGCCCAUGCAUUCAUCUGCUCCUCCUCUCUCUUUCGGCUUGAUAUCGUCUCCUCCGGGCACGAGUGCUCCGUACAGUGGUCCCAUGGCACCAUUUGCCUCUCCGUCCGCUGUCCCGCCGCUCAGCACAGCUGCAUUGUCGGGCUCCACCCUCUCUGCUCCACCCACCGCUGGCUUCUCUGUAAGCGCAGGAUAUGACAUCACCCGUGGCCACGCUGGGCGCACCCCUCAGACGCCGCUGAUGCCUAGUUUCUCCAGUGCUCCACCGAUGCCCGGCAUCGUCAGCAAUCCCAUGAUGCAGCAGCCGGUGUCUGGAAGCCUAGACGUCAGUUCUCCCAUCACAUUCCCUGAGGACACUGAGGACCCCAGAGUGACUCCAGACAGCGCCGGCUCCGCGGGAGGAUUAUGGGGCUUCAUCAAGGGUGUAGCUGGUAAUCCCAUGGUGAAGACGGUUCUGGAUAAAACCAAACACUCGGUUGAGUCCAUGAUAACUACACUGGAUCCUGGAAUGGCUCCUUACAUCAAGUCCGGUGGUGACGUGGACAUCGUGGUGACGUCAGAUAAGGAGGUGAAGGUGGGGGCGGUGCGGGAUGCAUUUCAGGAGGUGUUUGGUUUGGCCAUGGUGACGGCAGAGGUGGGACAGUCUAACAUCGCCCCUCAGCCUGUGGGAUACGCAGCAGGAGUGAAGGGAGCUCAGGAGCGCAUUGACGGUCUGCGGCGUACAGCGAUCAUUCAUGAGAAACAGCCUGUGGUCUCUGUGGAAAACUUCAUUGCUGAACUUUUUCCUGACAAGUGGUUUGACAUCGGCUGUCUGAUCUUAGAUGACCCUGGAAAUGGAGUUCACAUUGAAGCGUUCACUCAGGCGACACCUGUAGCUCUGGAACAUGUUCAACAGGCUCAAUCCCUCACUCCUCCGGACUAUAACCUGCGCUGGUCUGGUCUGAUGGUGACCGUCGGUGAGGUUCUGGAGAGAAAUGUGCCAAACGUCACCCGUUCAGACUGGCAUCAAGCUUUCACCGGCAUGUCACGCAGACAGAUGAUCUACUCCGCAGCUAAAGCUUUAGCUGGCAUGUACAAACAGCGGCUGCCCGCCAGGACACUGUGAUGGGGAUGUGCGUCAGGACUACAGUUACCCACAAUGCACCUGGAGUCUGAUUCCGUCCACACACAUUUUAAAGCACAUCACAUGAGAACCGAAUUGACAUGUCAAAAACAGAGGUCUGCUGUAUCUCUGCUCCAGCUUUGACAUAAACUAUAGCUUACAGGAUCGUCUUUUAAAGGAUUCUUUGAAUCACAGUUUUAGCCUUGAUUAUUAUGUUCAACAGUGACAGUAUGCAUAAUGUCGACAUUGAAACACAUGUGAUGGUCUGAGUGUGACAUCAGAUUCAUGUGUCCUCGUUCGCUCAUAUGUUUACAUUUAAAUGUGUCCGAUAAAUCCUUUUUUUUCUUGGAAAUUUUGAAAAAUGAACAAUUAAAAAGUAUAUUAACAUUAGUGAUGUCAUCUCUUAGGGUUUUGGAUUUUAUUUGAUAGUAUAUUUUUCAUACUGUCUGUGUGUUUUUGUUGAGUGUUUACUGCGCUUAAAUCCGAUCAGUUAGUACAGCAAAGUGUGUUUGUGAGAUGAAAUGCUUGAUGAAGAUGACGACGGGUCAGAGUGACAGAGGACACACACACUGAGGAUGACCUCUGACCUGAUGCGUAGCAAAUAUUUCCACAACCUUAGACAGAAAAUCUGCCUGGACUGCAUCUUUUGAAUGUUGCUAACAUUCCUCAAGAACAAGUCUGGAAUUUACUGCCGUGCCUUUGACCAGCAGACCUUCAUUAUAACAGACUGUUUUUCUGUUGUGCUUGCUGAUAGUGUUCAUUUAUUUCUGAUAACAAUUUUUGGUUCCCACAACAUUUUUAAGGUGUGUUUUUGGUUGUUCAGGAAAUAUAUUUUUUUGAAAGUAGGAUGUUAGUUUUCUAGGGUGGAGCUACAAGGGCAAAUUUCCCCCAGAUUUGAUUUGGGCUCCUUCAAACAUAUCAAUUAAAGAGUAAACAUGA